UCACGUGACCUGUGUCCACAGCUGUCCCAUGCUCAGCCUGCAGAGGAUUUGGUCCUUCCCAGCAAGUAUAGCUUUGAGCCUGAGGACAUGGGCCCGGGAUUCCUGGGAAGCCCAGCGCCGGAGUCACUGACCUUCAGAGAUGUGACUGUGGACUUCUCUGGGGAGGAGUGGAGACGCCUGGAUCCCUCUCAGAAGGAGCUCUACAAGGAGGUGAUGCUGGAGAACUACAGGAACCUGGUAUUCCUAGGGCUUCCGGUUCCCCAAAGAGACAUGAUCUCUCAGUUGGAGCGAGGGGAAGCCCCGUGGAUGCUGGAGAAAGAAAGUUCAAGAGGCUCCUAUCUAGAUUGGGAGUCUAAGCCUGAAGCCAAAGAGUUUACUGUAAAGCUGGGCAUUACUAUGCAAGAAUCAUCCCAGGAGAGAUUCACAGGCACCAGUUCCUGGGACUUCAAGGUGGGAGAAACCUGGAAAAGUGAUGUCUCAUUAGGAAAGAAGUGCAAACAGGAGAGUCAUUCCGAGGAAUUAUCAUUUCAUUCCAGGAAAAUUCCCAGGGAUGUCAGAGACCUUGAAUGUAAUAAACUUGGAGAAAGCAUCAGUUUGAGGUUAGUCUUUUCUGAAAAACAACAGACAGUUCCUAUAGCAAAGAGUCAAAAUAAAUGGGAUGCAUUUGGGGAAAGCUUCAGACAGCAUUCAAGCCUAAUGAAGAAAUUUGCCUCAGGAGAGGUACAAUCCAAGUAUAAUGAAUGUGGGGAACUCUUCGGUUAUCAGACAGACCUCAUUCAGUGUCAUAGUAAGGUUGCUGGAGAGAAACGUUUUGAAUGUAAUGAAUGUGGAAAGGCCUUCAACCUGAGCACAAACUUUAUUAGACAUCAGAAAACUCAUACUAGAAAGAACCACUAUAAAUGUGACGAAUGUGGGAAGACUUUCACUCAGAGCACAAAGUUUGUUUACCAUCAGAAAAUUCAUACUACAGAAAAACCCUAUAAAUGCAAUGAAUGUGGCAAAGCCUUCAAACAACACUCAUCCCUUAGUUACCAUCAGAGAAUACAUACUGGAGAAAAACCAUAUGAGUGUGCUGAAUGUGGAAAACAUUUCAGUCGGACACCAGACCUUAUUAGACAUCGGAAAAUUCAUACUGGAGAAAAGCCUUUUAAAUGUGCUGAAUGUGGGAAGGCCUUCAGCCAAAGCACAUAUCUGACUGUACAUCAGAGAAUUCAUAAUGGAGAUAAACCCCAUAAAUGUAAUGAAUGUGGAAAAGCCUUCAACCAACAAUCAUCCCUUAAUUACCAUCAGAGAAUUCAUACUGGAGAGAAACCUUAUGCAUGUAAUCACUGUGGAAAGGCCUUCAGCCGUAGCACAGAUCUGAUUAAACACCAGAAAACGCAUAGUGGAGAAAAGCCUUUUAAGUGUAAUGAAUGUGGAAAAGCCUACAGUCAGAAUACAAGACUUAUUUGCCAUCAGCGAAUUCAUACUGGAGAGAAACCCCAUAUAUGUAAUGAAUGUGGUAAAGCCUUUAUCGAUAGCUCAUCCCUUAAUAUGCACCAGCGAAUUCAUACUGGAGUAAAGCCGUUUGAAUGUAAUCAGUGUGAGAAGGCCUUCAGCCGAAGCACAGACCUUAUUAGACAUCAGAAGAUUCAUACUGGAGAGAAGCCUUAUGAAUGUAAUGAAUGUGGGAAGGCCUUUAGCCAGAGCACAAACCUUACUGUACAUCAAAGAAUUCACAAUAGAGAUAAGCCCCAUAAAUGUAACGAAUGUGGGAAAGCCUUCAACCAACAUUCAUCUCUUACUUACCAUCAGAGAAUUCACACUGGCGAGAAGCCCCAUAAAUGUAAUGAAUGUGGAAAAGCCUUCAUUGAUAGCUCAUCCCUUACUUAUCAUCAGAGAAUUCAUACUGGAGAAAAACCCUAUGUAUGUGGUCAGUGUGGGAAGGCCUUCUAUCGAAGCACAGAUCUUAUUAAACACCAGAAAACUCAUACUGGAGAAAAGCCUUAUAAAUGUGAUGAAUGUGGGAAGGCUUAUAGCCAGAAUGCAAAACUUAUUUGCCACCAGAGAAUUCAUACUGGAGAGAAACCACAUAAAUGUAAUGAAUGUGGCAAGGCCUUCAAUGAUAGCUCCUCCCUUACUGUACAUCGGAGAAUUCACAGUGGAGAAAAACCUUAUGAAUGCAAUCAAUGUGGGAAGGCUUUCAACCGCACACCAGACCUUGUUAGACACCAGAAAAUUCAUACUGGAGAGAAACCUUAUAAAUGUAAUGAAUGUGGCAAGGCCUUCAGUAGGAAUACACUACUUAUCUACCAUCAAAGAAUUCAUACCGGAGAGAAACCUUAUGAAUGUGAUAAGUGUGGCAAGGCCUUCAGCAGAAGCACACACCUUAUUAGACAUCAGAAAAUGCAUAUUUGAAGAACCCUUGUAAAUAAAUGUGGAAAGGCCUUUAGCCAGUACACCAACUUUAGGAGUACACCAAAACUCCCAACCCCUUCAAAUGUAAUCCAAGUGGGAAAGCUUUCAGACAACAUUCAUCCCUUAUUUAUCAUCUGAGAAGUGUAUUGUAGAGAAACCCUACAAUGUAAUGUGGAAAGUCUUUUGACCCAAAAAGAUUUCUAACCAUCAGAAAGUUCCUAAUAAAUGUGAUGCAUAUUGGAAGACCAUAUUCAGUGACUGUCUGUCACCUCUAGGAUAAAAUACAAGCUCCCUUUCCUGGCAUUACCCUUCCACACUCAUUUCACAUUCCUUUGUGCAGUCUACACUGAUGCUGAACUGGCCUGUUUGCUGUUUCCUGAACCAAGUUUUCCAUUCUUCCUUCUACCUUUGUACCUGCUAUGCUGCUCGCUUGAAAUAUCCACUCCUGCUCAUUCCACCUUUUAGAACUCUCCAAUUCCUUAUGAGCUCCUUAUCAUUCUCUUAUAAGCUCAAUUCCGAUGUCCCCAUUUUCAGGAUACUUUUCAUAAUCCUUCUAGUUGUACUCUUUUCCUCUGCAAAUUACCUUUCACUUAC